CGUUUAUUGUGAAAAACUUGUCUGAAAAACGGACGCGAAUUUUUAUCACCCGGUCUGGGAGAUACUCCGACUGCGUUCGCGAUUUCGUCAGCCCCGAGCACGCCGAGCCUGAGGAGGUUGGUGCAGCUUAUGGGAGGUAUAAAAAGUGGGGACAAGGUCACCUUACUGGACAGAAGUCUUCGAGCUGUCAGACUAGUCAGACGUGCACCUACGGAACCGUUUGGAGAAUGGCAUCGUUGAAAAACAAGUUGAUGAACACGGUCAUCGAGCCGAUGUCUCACGGUAGGAGCAAAGUCACCGUAGUCGGCGUAGGCCAAGUUGGAAUGGCCUGUGCGUUCAGUCUUUUAGCAAAUGGUGUCUCAAACGAGCUGGUACUCGUUGACGUAAUGGCGGACAAGCUCAAGGGUGAAAUGUUAGAUCUGCAGCACGGCACCGCGUUUGUGAAGAAUCCGAAGAUUGAUGCUAGUACAGAUUACGCCGCGACAGCGAACUCGAGUGUCUGCGUCGUGACCGCCGGCGCUCGUCAGAGAGAAGGUGAAACGAGGCUGGACCUCGUUCAACGAAACACAGACAUCUUCAAAGGCAUCAUACCUCAGUUGGUCAAAUAUAGCCCGGACGCUGUACUUCUGAUCGUCUCGAACCCGGUUGACAUUCUCACGUACGUUGCGUGGAAGCUGUCCGGCCUACCGAAAAAUCGAGUGAUUGGUAGCGGUACCAAUUUGGACUCGGCCAGAUUCCGUUUCCUGUUAUCGCAGAAACUCAACGUAGCAUCUACAUCCUGUCACGGAUGGAUUAUCGGCGAGCACGGUGACACGAGUGUACCGGUAUGGUCGGGAGUGAACGUAGCGGGCGUCAGGUUGCGCGAUUUGAACCCGCUCGUGGGAACGGAGAAGGAUCCGGAAAAGUGGAGCGAGUUGCAUAAAGAAGUCGUAAAUAGUGCGUACGAGGUGAUCAAACUAAAGGGAUACACAUCUUGGGCCAUCGGGCUCAGCGUUUCAAACCUCGUUUCCGCUAUAUUGCGGAAUUCGCAUCAAGUUCACGCAGUAUCUACAUUGGUUACCGGGUAUCACAAUAUCAAGAAGGAGGUCUACUUAUCGUUGCCCUGCACGUUGGCCGACGGAGGUGUUAACAGCGUCGUUCAACAGGUACUCACCGAUAACGAGCUGAAUCUUUUACACCAAUCUGCCGACGCGAUGGACGAAGUGCAGCAGGGCUUGAAAUUUUAAACUUUAAUUUAUAUUAUAAAUGGAAUUGAUUUUCGCGGACACGGUCGUGCGCGGUGAAUCGUUUUCGGCGAGCGAUUUUUGAAUCUACUUACGUUUCGAUACUUAGAUUUACACGAUACUUAUAAUAACUAUUUAUAAUUGUAAUUUAAAUAUAUAAUUGUUUCCUAUGAACACAACUCGGUGCACAUGUUAUAGAUGAUUUUAUGUAGAUAUAUGCGUGUGUUCGUGUGACCACAAAGUAUUAUAUGUUUUAUCACGUAAGUGUUCCGUGUUCGCGAUAAGUUCUAUCGCAUCUGGCUAAUUUGAUAAUAUGAUAUUAUAAUUCUAUUUUACGUAUGUACAUAAUAAUUGUUCUUUUUUUGACACAAGACAAGAUACUUAAUCGAGCCAGUUGAAAUUGUAAACAGAACUUGGAAUUUACACUCCAGUGUUCUCGAGCUUGUCAAAAACGUCAAACGCAUUUCGAGACGUUUGAUGUCUACCUCAUGAAUUUAGCACUGACUGAAUGUAUUUACAUAUACACGCCGUCUUAACCAUUUUACCAUUUACUGCGUAUGUUGUAAAUUGUCUUGUAUAAAUAUUUAUAUUUAUGAUUUAAUAAAUCUAUAUUAAUUGAGUAAACA